ACCUGGUUUUCUACUGGAAUAAUUUGCAGAAGGUUAACAAAAUGCCUGUAAGCCUCUGUGGUUCAUGGGACAUGGUGAGCAAUGUCAACUUUGAGGGAUACAUGACUGCUUUAGGGAUAAGUCUGUACACCCGCAAGAUCGCCUUGAAGCUAAAACAUCGUAAAGUGAUCGAGCAGGUGGGGGAACGAUAUGUCGUCAAGACUCUCAGCACCAUCAGAAACUACACUUUCUCUUUCAGAGUCAAUGAGGAGUUUCAAGAGUUCACCAAGGGACUGGAUGACAGACACUGCAAGUCUCUGGUGGCAUGGGAGGGGAACAAGUUGGUGUGCAUUCAAAAAGGUGAGAAGAAGAACCGAGGUUGGGCACACUGGAUCGAGGACGACAAACUCCAUUUGGAUUUGCACUGUGAAGAUCAAGUCUGCAAACAAGUUUUCAAACGGGUUGUUUGAGGCCCUGCUGUGACGUUUACUACAAGAAAAGGUGUACUGAUGUAAACAAAGCGCUUUACACUUUAAACUCACUUCAGAGUCAGAGGAAUAUGAGGCAAGAGGAAGAACCAUGAGCGUCAACUUGUGCCUCAAAACCUGACUAAUCAACUACAUUCAGCGAGAGGCUUGCAGACUGAGCCGGAGUGUCUAGGAGCGUGAUUUAUAAUGCCACUAGAGGGCGCCAUAAGAGCAUGAACAAACAGAAGUCAGGUCAGGAGCAGUUUACCCACUGGUAACACUGUAUGUUGUCCAUAGUUGUGCCAACUUUGCCU